CAGCCAUAAGCGCGUUCUGGUCCACGAGGCUUGUCCCAUAUGCAACGCACGCAAGCUUCAUGCACUCAUGGCUGCCAAGCGAGACGCUUUGAUGGUAUGUUGAUAGAGCCAGACCUAUCUCAGGCUAGAAUACAGGAACUGUCGGGCCCAUCCACUGCCUGCAUAUCGGCGAAUUAUGAUCCUGCCCCGGGUCCACAGAAAAUAGACCGCAUACCUUCACAAAUCGAACCACCGCCAUUGGUAGAUAUGAAUGCCCGGCAUCAGGGGAGCGUGCGACUGUCCCCAGACCAAUGGCGUGUUCUCGACAUGGUCAAAGACGGGAAGAAUGUUUUCUUUACUGGAUCGGCUGGGACUGGAAAAUCUGUACUGCUUCGACAAAUUAUCAAAUUCUGUGGCAAAUCGGCAGAACGCGAUAAGAGUUGGGGUGGCGUUGCAAUUACAGCUUCUACAGGAAUAGCUGCGAUCAAUAUCGGGGGGUGCACAUUACAUUCAUGGGCUGGUAUUGGACUGGGCAAAGGUCCUCUCAAUGUGCUUCUUCGUAAAGUGUUUGCUAGUGGUCGUAAUAAUGAAGAGGAGGACGGCGCAGAAGACAGCGAUUCAUAUGAAUCAAAGCCCAGGAAGCAGUCCGCUCUCGAACGUUGGAGGACCACGCGAGUAUUGAUCAUUGACGAAAUCUCUAUGAUUGAUGGGAGUCUUUUUGACAAACUAGAGAGUAUCGCUCAAAUAGUCCGCAAGAAUCCCGCGCCGUUUGGUGGUAUACAGCUCGUUUUAUCGGGGGACUUUUUGCAGCUGCCUCCAGUUCCAGACCGAAGAAAUGGAGCCUCUGUACCUUCAACUUUCGCAUUUGAAGCUACAUCAUGGGAGAGUUGCGUCGGAAAGCCACUCCAUUUAAGGAAAGUCUUCCGACAGCGGGACCAGACCUUUGUGGAUAUUCUCAAUGCCAUGCGCCAUGGAGAUGUUUCGCCGAAAGCUGUUGCGACCUUCAAUCGACUGUCACGCCCCGUCCAUUACGAUGAUGGCAUUGAGCCCACUGACUUAUACCCCACGAGACUGGAAGCUGACAGAACCAACCAUGCUCGUUUGAGGGCUAUUAAGUCCACUCCCUACGAGUACAGAGCGCAAGACAUGCCCGGACGUGACGAGCAUGGUCAACCCAUACCCGCAGAAAAGAUGGAGAAGCUACUUACACGAUUGAUAGCUCCACAGACUAUCAUAUUAAAGCUCGGGGCGCAAGUCAUGUUGAUCAAGAACGUGGUUCAGGGACAAUUUGUGAAUGGUUCUGUGGGACAAAUAGUGGACUUCAUCACACCCUUCGAAGCGAAGCAAAGAGGAACGAGAGUUGCACUGACUGAAAACCACCGGUCAGACCGCGACGUUGGUCGGUUCAGAGGGCAGAAUAGAAAUUCAGAUGGUCCUCCGGAAAUCCCAAUCCCGCCGACCUUGUUCCAGAGCGCUCGCCGUUGGCCCCUUGUUCAGUUCCAAAAUGGCCAUACAAUGCUAUGCAUCCCAGAUAUAUUUGAGGUGAAUAACGCAAACGGGCAUAUCGAGGCCGUCCGAAGACAGGUUCCACUCAUCCUUGCAUGGGCUCUCAGCAUCCACAAGUCUCAAGGUCAAACACUCGAACGUGUGCGUGUGAAGCUAGAACGAAUUUUCGAAUAUGGACAAGCGUACGUAGCCCUAUCUCGAGCAACGGCUAUGGAAAGAUUGGAAAUCCAGAACUUUGAUCCUGCAAAGGUCAGAGCCCAUCCCCUUGUCAUAGAAUGGAUGAAAUUCCAGGAAAGCGGACCGGCCAAGGACGAGGUUGCUGAAGACAUAGAAUUCUGGUCCGAAGACGUUGACUUCUUUUGAACUUCCUCAUAUACCAGGUACUUUCGAACAAUGAUUUUACUUCCACUCUUCAUCCCAUCAUUUCGCUAUCUGGACACGUAUACCUGCAUUGUCUUGACAUAGUGCCAUCUUGCUUUCUAAGAUUUUUUGUUACACCUUGCUUUCCAUUGUUUUCAUAGUUCAUCGAUAUCUGUAAACCGUUGAUUGUACAGUGUACACAGCAUCCAUGCAGUAGUUAAAUAACUAGAGUAGACAGGUUGAACAACACAUAGGAAAACAAGGUAUCUAGAAAACACAACAGCGAAUCUAUAACUAACACUACUAUGACUUACAUAUGCCCAAAACAACGAUGUCAAAUCGUAAACCACGAAAACAUGAACCUUACGGAACUACGGCGUUGCACCGUCGUCACUGUCAAAAGAAAUCAAGAGAAAUCAA